UUAUAUUCAAAUUGACCUCAGCAAUGAAAGGGUUAAAGCACUCCAACCUACUGUGCAUAAAAGCACUGUUUGCACUAUUUGGCCUUUAAGAGUUUAAGUGAAAAGAUUAGUUGAAUAGGUAAUGAAAGGGUUAACGCAAUAAAAGGCCCACAGUGGUUACAAUGAUGUCACGAGUGGGUGAUAUUGCAAUGCUCCUAGUGGGUGCCAUUGUGAUGUCACAGGUGAGUGCCAUUGUGAUGUCAUCACUGGUCAGCAUAAAAGAAAGCCGCACAGUGGCCUGCUCUGCAUUACCAUGUCAACCUCACGGAGAGUGGUAACCACGAUGCCGGCCGGCACCAGAACCAAGCGUUCCCACGAAUUCCACAACAAGAUCAGGCUGUGUGAGACGGGGGAAAGGUUCACCGUGUCUGGCUGCAGCCGACGCACGAAGGUCAUAGACCUAAAAGAGAAGCUGGAGUUGGCAGCAGGAAUCCCAAUUCAGCUUCAAAGGGUUUCCUACAUUGAUGAUGGAGAUAUGCCAGAUUAUGCCACAUUCCAGUUCAUGGGAAUUAUUCCAGGAGGCACCAUCGCUCUCGGUAUCUGGCACUACGACGGCUGGAGCGAUCUGGUAAAAGCCGCAGCUGAAGGAAACAUAGCAAAGCUAAAAUGUUUGGGUGUCACGGCUGAGACAACUUACAACACCCCCCAUUCACUGCGUUUGAGCGCGGAGAAGAAGGCUGAAUGGAUUUCAGCGAGGGCUAACGUGGCGCUCUUCAUUGCUGCUCAUCGAGGAUACCUUAAGAUGAUGCAGUUCCUUCUGCAGAACGGUGCAGACAUUAUGGCUAAAACCCCACUGGGAAACAGCCCACUCCAUGUGGCAGCAGCCAUGGGCAACAAUGAUUGUAUCAAUGAGCUUUUAGCUCGUGGGGCACAAACAAAGGACACCAAUAAGCAAGGUCUUACUGCCCUGGACUUGGCCACCAAGAAGGGCCAUAAAAUGGUGGAGCACCAACUACUCCAUUCCCAGUGGAGGCAGAGAUCAGCCGCGCCGGCAGUCAAGAGGCACCUGGAUCCCUCUGAGCUAUUUGCUCAUCAAAAAUUUGACUCCAAGAUAAAAACAUGGAGGAGCGGGCCUCAAGCUCAAUGUUACAUGGCCAACCUAACCCAUCACAAAGACUUCAUGGGCUCAGAUUUCAGAGCCCCCAGGAAGCAGGCCAUUGUGACAAGACUGCCCAAGAUAUGA